AUGAGCGCAAACCAACAAAUGACAGCGCAAGUGCUUCGCCAGGAUAAUGCACAAGGACUACACCUGUCGAAGGAACCAAUCCAAAUUUCCCAUCCAAGCGAGGGACAAGUCCUUGUGAAGAUUACCCACGCUGCACAGAACCCAACUGAUGUUCAGUCGUUGGAUAACAAAGCAUUUGGCGAGGGUGCCGUGCUGGGUUGCGAUUUCGUCGGCGAAGUCACUGAAGUUGGCAGAUUCGUCCAACGAUACAAUAAGGGAGAUAUCAUCGCCGGCCUAAUCUGGGGCGGCGAGAUCAAGGGUUUAGGCGCCUACAGUGAAUAUACUCUAGCCGAUGGGAGAAUCUCGUACCCGGUGUCGGGGCAGAAUAUCUCCCGCGAGCAGGCGAGCACUGUGCCUCUGGCGGCUGCGACCGCAUGGCUGGCUCUUUUCUCGAAGGACUGUCUGGCCAUUGACCAUGAACACCAGAAGAGCACCGACGUGCUAAUUUGGGGUGGCAGCUCAAGCGUCGGUCUCUACGCCAUUCAACUGGCAACAAUGUACGGACUGCAAGUCACCACGACCUGUAGCCCGAGACACGCAGAUCUGGUGCGCUCUUACGGCGCCCAGCACGUCUUCGACUACAAGGACGAUAAGGUCAUCGAGAAGAUACAGGCGGUGGCUUCCACGCUGUCGUACGCCUUUGACACGAUCGGCAAUGCAACAUCCUCACCGACAUCUUCUCGGACGUUCUACAAUGGAAAUGGCACCUUGUGCACAGUGCGCCCGGGCAAAACGAAUACCGAGGACGUGACCUCAGGCACUCGGGUUACGGAUGUGUUGGUGUGGACCUCAUUUAUCAAAGACCAUACUUAUGGCGAGUUCAAAUGGCCGGCUUCCAAAGAUGAUCAUGCACUCGCGGCGGAACUGUUUGCGAAACUUUCUUCAUGGUUGGAGGAAGGGGCUCUCAAGCCGAGCACUCCCAGGAUUCUACAUGGAUUGGAUGCCGUACCACAGGGAUUCCAAGAGUAUCGGGAUGGAAAGAUUUCCGCUUAUAAGAUUGUCUAUGCAUUGUAACGAGAUGGGCCAUAUCUGGCUUUAGAUAGUGGUAAUGUGCUUUCAAGUCGUUUGAUGAACAAGGA